CAGGUACUAGUAUUCAUCUGGUGGCUCACUCUCCAAAAUUUUGAGAAUAGAUUCCCCCUCGUGAUUGAAUUCUUAUUUAUAUCGUCUUUGUGGCUGUCUUAUCUCGAAGUUCUUCCUCUUAUGUCUUAGUCGGAUCAACCAUAAUCUCCCAAAAGAUGUUUUGAACUCUCUAUAAAACGCCUGAUCAAAGGCACACACCUGAGAUAUCCUGAGGUUUCCUUUUCUCUUCUUCAGAUAAUUGAUAGCUAAAAUGGAUGUGAAGACAAAAGGAUCAGAACCAGAGGACUUGAAUAGCUCACCACCAAGUGUAUCCAACGAGAUCAAGAAAAGCUGUGUAGAUUGUCACACAACUACAACACCUCUAUGGCGAGGCGGUCCAGCUGGCCCCAGGUCACUAUGCAAUGCAUGUGGGAUCAGGUACAGAAAGACAAGGAACGCAAUCUUGGGUUUGGACAAAAGAAGAGCAGAAAAAUGUAAGAGAAAGAAUAGUAAAGAGUGUAGGAAGCUUGGAGUUUCGGUGAAAAUGGGACUGAUGGGUGUUGGAGGAGCAAUGUCGUUUAAGAGAUCAUUGAGAGAGGAAGAAGAAGCUGCCAUGCUUUUGAUGGCUCUAUCUUGCGGCUAUAUGUCUAUGCAUGGUCCUUAAAAACAGAGUGAAAGCCCUAACAAACAUAACAGCCACCCUCUUCUUCACUAUUCACCUUUGACUUUAUUGUCAUGCAGUCCAAUCUCCACCGAUCUGGAUGGAGAAAUGGAUGUGGUGUAUAAGAAA